AUGCCCAUUACUGAAUUGUUUCAUCUAACAAAUAACACACUGGUUGACAUAAUUGGUCUUGUUCUAUAUGUUGGAGAUAUCAUUCCUAUACACAAGAAAGAUGGCAGUCAAACACAAAAAUGUUUGGUGAAAAUUAAUGAUCUAUCUGGUUCAACAAUUGACAUCAACUUAUGGGGUCUAAUGGCAGAACAAAAGGGGUUGGAAUUGAAAAAUAUGUUGACCAAUGAUAGUCUGCUUAUCCUUGCUUUACGUAAUGCUCGUGUUGGCUAUUUCAAUGGAAAGCUUAUAAACAUAACAGCUGUAACAACAUUACAUAUCAACCCAAGUUUUCCAGAAGCAGAGCUUCUAACAUUAAGAGGAAAGGACCCUUUGCUAGUUGUACCAUUUGUUGCACAAACUAUCCACAUAGAUGGCAAAUAUACUAGAAUGACAAUUUCUUCAAUCCGUGAGCAGAUGAACAUCAAACUAGAAACAAUUCAGACAACAUUGCUAGUUGUUUUGUGCUUUGUGAACGUCAAUGACCAAAAUUUCUAUUAUGCAACUUGCCCACUAAUAGUCAAUGGAAGGCCUUGCAAGAAAAAAUGUACACAACACGCUGAUGAUUCUUGGUUCUGCUCUAGAUGUCAAAUGAGUAUGCAAGACUAUAAUUAUAGUUACCUCUUACCUCUAAAGUUACAAGAUGCCACAGGUACUCUAUGGGCCACUGUGUUUGAUGAGGGUGCAAUUCACUUGCUACACAAAAUUGCAAAACAACUCUAUGCACUACAAAACAAUGCAACAACAAUAGAGACACCUUCUUCAGUGAUCAAGAGACUACUGUCAUGUUACUAUUCGUUCAUAGUGCUGGUUUCUACUGAGACAUGUAAUUUAGAAACCAAGAUGAAAGUGACAGUCAAUAAAGUUUCUCCUAUUGACUUCAAAGCUGAGUGCCACACAUUGCUUGCAAAAAUUGGUUGCCUAAGUACAGAGACUUAA